AUGGAGGGAAGCUGCGAAAUGACCGUUAUACCCACCAUGGCUUCACCUUCUCUCUCGUCCUCUCCGCCUCCUCAAACUGCGGUUGCAAGUCCUUGUGCCGCUUGUAGGAUUUUAAGGCGAAGGUGUGUCGAAAAAUGCGUGUUGGCUCCUUAUUUUCCGCCUAACGAUCCACUCAAGUUCACCACGGCUCAUCGUGUUUUUGGAGCCAGCAAUAUCAUCAAGUUCUUGCAGGAACUUCCCGAGACACAGAGAGCCGAUGCAGUGAGUAGCCUAGUGUACGAGGCGAAUGCAAGGCUAAGAGAUCCCGUGUACGGAUGUGCGGGUGCAAUUUGCCAACUCCAAAAGCAAGUUGACGAGCUCCAGCUGCAACUUGCGCAAGCGCAAGCCGAGAUUCUCAACAUGCAAUGCCAAAACGCCAAUCUCAAUAUGGCCAUAAUCUACAUGGAAAUGUCGCGGUAUUCACGCCCGAUUUCACCAGAAGAUGAUGACCAAUGCUCUAUCAAUAACUUUCUCAACGAAAACAGUGGUCUUGGACUUCUCUACGAUCGUACUCUCUGGACGUGA